AUGAUGUGCCUGGAAAGCGACGGCUCCUCCGGCGGCAGCCCCGGCUGCGGCGGCCGCCUGCGAACCGCCGACGAGGAGGAGGAGGACGAGGGCGAGCGGGGCUGCUGCGGCCGCGGCGCCGAGGGCGAGGUGCAGACCCUGUCGGGCCGCAUGAACCCGCCGGCGGCCGCCAAGAGCGCCGCGCGCCCGCCCGCCCGCCACAAGGCGCCGAGCCUGGGCCGGGCCCGCGUGGCGGCCGCGGGCAUCCUCAGCGUGGGCAACGUGCUCAACUACUUGGACCGGUACACGGUGGCAGGUGUGUUACUAGACAUCCAGCAGCACUUUGGAGUCAAGGACAGUGGGGCUGGCUUGUUACAGACAGUUUUCAUCUGCAGCUUCAUGGUGGCAGCGCCCAUCUUUGGUUACCUUGGUGACCGUUUCAACAGAAAGAUCAUUCUCAGCUGCGGGAUCUUCUUUUGGUCAGCGGUCACGUUUUCAAGCUCGUUCAUCACCGAGCAGUAUUUCUGGCUUUUCGUGCUCUCACGAGGUUUGGUCGGUAUCGGUGAAGCAAGUUACUCCACUAUUGCCCCAACCAUCAUAGGAGACCUUUUCACCAAAAACACAAGGACCCUUAUGCUGUCUGUUUUCUACUUUGCGAUACCUCUUGGCAGUGGCUUGGGAUACAUAACUGGGUCAAGUGUGAAGCAGGUUGCUGGAGACUGGCAUUGGGCAUUGCGGGUAUCUCCACUACUGGGUAUGAUAACAGGGACACUCAUCUUGAUAUUCGUACCUGCUGCUAAAAGAGGAAACGUUGAACAACUCGGGGGACAUUUGAAAGCUCGGACCUCGUGGCUGAGAGACAUGAAGGCACUGAUUAGAAACCGCAGCUACGUUUUCUCCUCACUGGCCACCUCAGCUGUGUCCUUUGCCACAGGGGCACUCGGCAUGUGGAUCCCACUCUACCUUCACAGAGCACAGGUGGUGCAGAAAACAGCAGAGACCUGCAGCUCUCAGCCCUGUGGCACCAAAGAUAGCUUGAUCUUCGGAGCGAUCACAUGCUUCACUGGCUUCCUGGGUGUAAUCACAGGAGCCGGGGCAACCAAAUGGUGUCGAUUAAAAACCCAGCGAGCCGAUCCUCUUGUCUGUGCUGUUGGCAUGCUCGGAUCAGCCAUCUUCAUCUGUCUGAUCUUCGUUGCUGCCAAGAGCAGCAUUGUGGGAGCCUAUAUUUGCAUUUUCAUCGGAGAAACUCUUCUGUUUUCAAACUGGGCUAUCACAGCAGACAUACUAAUGUAUGUGGUCAUUCCAACACGGCGUGCGACCGCAGUGGCCUUGCAGAGUUUCACCUCACACCUCCUGGGAGAUGCUGGCAGUCCUUAUCUGAUUGGCUUUAUCUCAGACCUGAUACGACAAAGCACCAAGGAGUCCUCGCUCUGGGAGUUCCUCAGCUUGGGCUACGCACUCAUGCUCUGCCCCUUUGUCGUUGUCCUGGGAGGGAUGUUCUUCCUGGCCACGGCCCUGUUUUUCCUCAGCGACCGAGCCAGAGCUGAACAACAGGUGAAUCAUCUCGUGAUACCACCGGCCUCCGUGAAAGUCUGAGACGUCACCAAUGAAGGAAACCACAUGUGGACUCCUGCUCCCACCACCACACCGAUCUCAAGCUCGAAGCCCUUCCCUGCUGGAAAUGGGUGGAUCCUCUGGCUCCGCAGCACCCUGGAAGGAUUAUCCAGCGCCAGCCCAAAGGCGCCACUCCAGCCUGCGGGAUCAAGUGCCGGGAGACGAGCGGGCAUGGAAUACGGUGCUCCCUGAGCAUAAGGAUGUCCACAGGUUCCUGCCAGCCCCACAGCGUGCUCCCCACGUGAGUGACUGUAGAUUGUGUAUAGGGUUUUAGUUGUAGCCGAUGACGUAUGCGUUACUUACAGGGCAACUUCCGUCCUAUUUAAUGCUGCUGUUCUGCCAGCAUUCCCGCACCAGAGACUGCACUCGUUGGGGAUCUUUUCUGUACAUCACCUUUUCUUUAACACUGAAGGCUCAAGUCAGAU